UUCGCUCUUUCAGAAAAGUCAUGUUCAAACCAAUUGUCCAACCAUUCUUCACCAGACGAGCAUUUACAUCGUUCCGUACACUCGCCGCCGCCAUGUCAGACACUUCGACUUACAAGUUCAACCACAGCAUGCUGAGGGUCAAGGACCCUCAGCGAUCCGUCAAGUUUUAUGAGCACCUGGGCAUGAAGAUGAUCAACAAGUUGGAGAACCCCGACGCCAAGUUCGAUCUCUAUUUCAUGGCCUACGACGACCCCAAGUCGGUUUCCCAUGGCAAGCACUGGUCAGACCGUGAAGGCCUCAUCGAAUUGACCCACAACUAUGGCGACNNAGGUACCGAGAAGGACGAUAACUACACAGUCAACAACGGCAACGGCAAGGAGAACCGCGGUUUCGGCCAUGUUUGCAUCAGCGUCGACAACAUCCAAGACGCCUGCAAGCGUAUCUCUGAUGCCGGCUACUCGUUCCAGAAGCGCCUCGAAGACGGCCGUAUGCGUUCUAUUGCUUUCGCUCUCGACCCCGACAACUACUGGGUCGAGAUCAUCUCCCAGAAUCCCGUCAGCGAGACCGAGGGCAAGAAGUCAGACGUGGCCACAUACCGCAUGAACCACACCAUGAUCAGAGUCAAGGACGCCGAAAAGUCGCUCAAGUUCUACCAAGAAGUCAUGGGCAUGACCCUGCAGCGCACCUCGGAGCAAAAGGAGGCUGGCUUCACUCUUUAUUUUCUCAGCUACGGCCCCAAGGCCCCUGAGCAGUCUGCAAACGGUGUCAACCCUAUUGCUGACCGUGAGGGUAUCCUCGAGCUCACAUGGAACCACGGCUCCGAGAGCGACGACAGUGUCAAGUAUCACAACGGCAACGACGAGCCGCAAGGNAUGUACGUUUCCAGCUAUAUCGGCCACACCUGCGUCUCUGUCGACGACUUGGAUGCUGCCUGCAAGCGCUUCGAGGACAUGAACGUCUCAUGGAAGAAGCGUUUGACAGACGGCAGAAUGAAGAACGUUGCCUUCAUCCUCGACCCCGACAACUACUGGAUUGAGGUCAUCCAGAACGAGAAGCUCAAGAGCAGAGCCAACUGG